UCUCAAUCUAUAACAAUGGAAGGACAAGAGGGACUUGCUUAAGACCCACUUGAUCGCUUCACCUUCCUCUUCUUCUUACUCCAAACUGAGUUUGUUCUUUGCUCUCCAAUCUCCUUGUGACUUGAGCCUUAAGCAUAUUGAAAAAUUCUUAAUAAAUUCAGCUACUAAAUCUUGAUAAAUCCUCUCCACAUCCAACAACCCUUCAUCCUCAAGCACGCAAGUGGAGGAAUGGGACGGCAUUCUUGCUGUCUCAAGCAGAAGCUGAGGAAAGGCUUGUGGUCUCCUGAAGAGGAUGAGAAGCUCUACAACCACAUCAUCAGAUAUGGAAUUGGCUGCUGGAGCACUGUGCCUAAAUUAGCAGGGCUGCAGCGGUGUGGCAAAAGUUGCAGGCUCAGGUGGAUCAACUACCUCCGGCCGGAUCUUAAAAGAGGCAACUUCUCACAGCAAGAAGAGGACUUGAUCAUAAGCCUGCAUGAAAUUAUGGGAAACAGAUGCAGGUGGUCACAAAUUGCAUUGCAGUUGCCAGGGCGAACUGAUAAUGAGAUCAAGAAUUUCUGGAACUCAAGCCUGAAGAAGAAGCUCCGGCAGAGGGGAAUCGACCCGAGUACCCACAAGCCCCUGAGUGAGGUAGAAGCAAAAGGGGAGGCUACCAGAGCUCUUUACUCCAAUGCCAACAAAGGUGAUGCUGCCGUUGAGCAGUUGCCAUUUAUGCCGGGCUUCGAUCCCUUCCCGUUGCUCGAAUUCCAUACUUGUUUGGACUCCCUCGACAAUGUUAAUGCCAAUAUCUACACUCAAUUCCAGCAAAACAUGGUUGAACCAAUAGGGCAGAGUGAGUGCUUGGCCAAUCCAGGGUUAUGUAGCUAUAGCAGGAACAUCUUAGAUGGUUCAGAUAAUUUCGGCUAUGGAGAAAGCUCAAGUAACAGCAGCAACAACUGGAACUGCAACAUCAACCUAUCAGAUGAAGCCCUGAAUUGGGCAUCUGAGAGCAAGGUUAAUGAGGUGGAAGCUCCUGAACACAAGUUCAACCCUUGGCAAGAAGCUUGCUUCAAUGUGUCUCGAGGAUCAGUGGCCAGUACUGAAUUCAAUCUUGAUUUGUUCUAGAGUUCCUGUUUUUAUUCAGAUUGGAAAAAGGAAAACACUCUGGUUUUUUAGGCUUGUGGAUGGCUUGUGUCUAAUCACAAUUUUCUUUUGCUUUGUUGUUGCUCUACGAUAUGAAUGCAACUGAUGA